UGUGAGGGAAGGAUAAGUAAACACAAGGCAAGGAAGCUGUGCAGGCGUGGGUUGUGUUACAUAUAAAAAGGAUUAUUUUAAUUAAAAGUAUAAAAAAUGACGUCAUCAUUGAACUUUGUGCUUAUGGUCUUUGGACUUGUGGCAGUGAGUUUGAGAAGUGUUCAUGGUGCAUUGACAGAUGAAGACAGAUCCAAAAUCCAUGCUGCGAUAAUACCUUUCAUAGCAGAGUGCACCAAGGAGUAUGGUGUGACUGAAGAUGUGAUCAAGGAAGCGAAGGAAUCAGGGCGGCUUGGCAACAUUGACCCUUGUUUGAUGGCAUGCGUGUUCCAAAAGACUAAAUUGAUUGAUGAGAAAGGUUUGUUUGACAGCGAUAAAGCUGCAGAGCUCGUACAAAAGUAUAUAUCUAGCGAAGAAGACCAAAAGAAGAUGGUCGAUAUCAUUGGAAAAUGCAAAUCAGUGAAUGAUGCAGAAGUCAGUGAUGGAGAGAAAGGCUGUGAAAGGGCAAAACUCAUUUAUGAGUGCUCCAUCCCAUUUAAAGCAGAGGCCGAAAACUCAAAAGAUUUGAUGGAAAAAUUCAUAGCCAUGCUCAUGGAUUGUGCGAAAGACUUCCCGAUGACCGGCGAUGACAUAGAGGAAUUGAAAAAUAAACGACUGCCUGAUACUGAGAACAUGAGGUGCCUGUUUGCUUGCGCCUACAAAGCUUCAGGAAUGAUGGAUGAUCAAGGGAAACUUUCAGUCGAAGGUAUUAACGAUCAAGCCCAGAUAUAUUUCGCUGAUGAUGCUGAAAAGUUGGACAAGGCGAAAGAUUUUACCGAAGCAUGCAAGAGUGUAAAUGAUAUCGAGGUCUCGGAUGGUGAAAGAGGGUGCGACAGAGCUGCCCUCAUCUUCGAGUGUGGUGUUGAGAGAGCUUCUGAGUUUGGCUUCGGGAUAUAAGAAUAACCUUACAAAAGGAUUAUAAUUUUAGAGAAGAUACAAAAAAUAUCAUAAUAUGAGUAUAAAUAUCAAAAUAUGAGUAGGUGCAGAACCAGAAAAAUGUAAAUAGGCGUAAAACUUAAAUGUACAUUAGAUGUACAUAAUUAUGUACAUAGGUAUAAUAUUUUAAUGCUGUGUUUUCAAAUUACGUUUUCGUAUCCUAUUGUUAUUGUUCAAUUAUUUUGAUGCCUAAAUAAUGAAUAUAUCAAUUAUUAAUAAUCUAGAAUAGUUUAGCCACCGAUUUUGAUAAUUCAUAUUAUGGCUUUUGAAUAAAAUUACUGAUGCUAAA